GGUGAUGAUAGCUUGAAACUCAAGACACUUAUUGCUGAAUGGGUAAAUCGCGAAUUCAAGCCGGAUCACCCAGUUGACCCCAACAACAAACAUUCCCGUGGUGUUAGCAAUGACACGUGUGGCAGACUUCUCUGCCCAGCUGAAUUUGAUUGGAAUGACCCAGUCGUAAAGGCAGGUAUUCGAGAUCGCUCACAAGGCUAUGUCGUGACGGAUCUGUCCUUUCCGGCAUUCCUAUAUGACAAAUACCAGAGCAAUCCAAAUGAUCUGGAGGAGGGGCUUUUCAAAGGCAAAAUCCUUCUUCAGGCUUACAAAGCCGUAUUCACGUUGCCAUCAUCAGCCAAAGACAUCGAGGGUGAUGGCAAUGGGGCGGAUAUCAUCCGAAACAACAGGCUCACGAAGAAAUCCUUUGUUGGCAUCAAAGUCAAAAAGCAUGUAGCGCAGAUAAUCAAUUUGAGAAAAGUGAGCCCUUGUUCUAUCGCCUACAUUGUGUGUCAACAGGUUCAAUUCACACUCUCUUCUGUCACCUCAUGGCGGUCCAUUGAUGGGGAUUUUGACUACAUACAAUUUUGGUGGACCAUUGUUGAUUUUUACAAAAAGCCCCCUGGUCGAGAUGCACAGCGCAGGGUUGACAAACUCCUCGAGUGGUGGACUAGGUACAUUAUUGUAGUGCUCCUGUUGUUGUCUCGAUGA